AGCUGGCCUGUGGUCAAGCUCCUGGAGUGGGGAAAGAGCAGAGGUUUCACGAGCUCCGGCUCAUGCCUGGCCAUUUGGAGGGCUACAGGUUAUGCUGCGGCUGCACAGCAGCCGGCGGGGGGGCCAACCUCCCUCCGCACAACCCCUCCCCGCGCCAGGGUAGGAGGAAAUCAAAAUCAGCAGGGAGAGGAGGACACGUGCCCUGUGGCAGACUGUCUUCUUGCUGAGCGCCGUGGGCCUUGGCGGGGCUGGAGGGACCCUCUCGCUUCCUACCACCUACGGAAAAGCAAAACGUCCAGCCCACCCUCAGGAAGGGCUGGAGAGGAGAGCUGGGGAGCCCCGUCUCGGGUGACGUUGCUCAAAAUCUUCAUCAGCGACCUGGACAGCGGGACAGCGUGGACCCUCGGCGAGUCUGGAGGGCUGAGGAUGACGGUCCCGUGGGAGCACAGCGACGACUACACCGACUUCGACCUCAACUUCACAGCCCCUGACUUCGAGGGUGCCCACGCGAUGCCGCCCACGCUGCCGCCCAGCUACGGGGCAGCGCUGGUGCUGUACGUCCUCGCUUUCUUGCUGGGCGUACCGGGCAACACUGCCGUGAUCUGGGCGGCUGCCAGCGAGCCACGGCGCCAGCUGAGCGUCCUCUGCUUCCUGCACCUGGCUCUGGCCGACCUGCUCUGCUGCCUGGCCCUGCCCUUCCUGGCCCUGCCGCUGGCCCGCGACCACCACUGGCCACUGGGCCGCUUCGCGUGCAAGCUGCUGCCCUCCCUCACCGUCCUCAACAUGUUCGCCAGCGUCCUGCUGCUGACGGCUCUCAGCGCCCACCGCUGCGCCCUGGUGACGCGGCCCGGCUGGUGCCAGCGCUACCGGACGCCGGGGCUGGCGCGGGGGGUCUGCGCGGCCGCCUGGGGCCUGGCGGCACUCCUCACCAUCCCCUCCUUCGUCUUCCGGACGACGCGCCGCGACGCCUUCUCCGACAAGGAGACCUGCGUGCUGGACUACGGGGCGGCGGGGCGCCGCGCCGAGCUGCUCGCUGCCGCCCUGCGCUUGCUCUGUGGCUUCCUGCUGCCGACGGCUGCCAUGGCGGCCUGCUGCGGGCUGCUGCUGGCCCGGCUGCGUGGCGCUGGCCGCUGGCCGCCCCGGCCCACGGCCGCGGCGCUGGCCAUGGCGGGCUGCUUCGUGGGCUGCUGGCUGCCCUACCACGCGGUGCUGCUGGCGCUGGCGGCCCACCGGCCUGGCACAGCGGCCUAUGCCCGCGCCCAGGCCGCCCAGCCCCUGGCCGUGGCCCUGGCCUACGUCAACAGCGCCGCCGACCCGCUGCUCUACGCGCUGGUGGGGCCGGGGCUGCGCCGGGCCCCGUGGGGGUGCCGGGCCCCCGGCCCCCCGGCCUCCCCCCCGGCAUCCACUGCCGCCAGCACCGCCGCCACCGAGGCCGGGCUGUAG